AUGUCAUACGAAUCGCUAACGCCCAGGUCGUCAGAACCGACUCUGGCUCAUCAUGGAGGUGCUACUAUCACCUCGUCCAUUAUCAACCUGUUGAACACGAUUGUGGGUGCAGGUAUUCUGGCCAUGCCUUUUGCUUAUAAAGCCAAUGGUAUUAUAUUGGGCACGAUUAUUAUUGGUCUGGCAGGCUUGACUGCUGGUUUUGGUCUUUACCUCCAGGGACUGGGAUCCUCGUUCGUUCCUCCAGGCCAUGCGUCUUUUUUCUCUCUUGCCAAGAUCACUUAUCCAUCGCUGGCUGUCUUAUUUGAUGUGGCUAUUGCCAUUAAAUGUUUCGGCGUGGGUGUGUCAUAUUUGAUUAUUGUUGGAGACCUGAUGCCUCAGAUCAUGCAGUCUUUGAACAUCUCUAAAGACAUUCUUCUCGACAGAAACUUCUGGGUCGCAGUGUCUAUGGGCAUUGUAGGACCUUUGUCGUACCUGCGAAAGCUCGAUUCUUUGAAGUAUACAUCCAUUGUGGCUCUAGUGUCUGUUGGGUAUCUUGUUCUGAUUGUGGUGGGCCAUUUCAUUAUCGGCGAUACUGCUUCUCAAAGAGGACCCAUCCGGGUCGUUGAACCCAGCAGCCUGUCUGCCAUCCUUCAGUCGCUACCUAUUAUUAUUUUCGCCUUCACUUGUCACCAGAAUAUGUUCUCGGUGCUAAACGAGUUGACCGAGGCCACUGAAGACAAGUUCCGAACCAUCAUCACCUCGUCUAUUGGCUCGUCGGCCGGUUUCUACGUCAUUGUCGGUCUCUGUGGUUACCUUUCUUUCGGUGACAAUGUCGGUGGAAACAUCAUUGGCAUGUGUAAGUACUUUUUGGGGGGAGGGUCUGCCUCCGGCGGCUGGGGCUCCGCCCCAGACCCUGGUUGUGCUCGCUUCGCGAGCUGCUGGGACCGUGAGUGA